AAUACAACAUCUACUUUCUGUCUUCCUUGUCGAAGUAAACAGUUAGGAGAGAAUAAAUCGAUUAAAAAAAAAUCUAAAUUCUUUCUUAGUGACUUCGGUGCUGAAUGAGUUGACUAUUCUGCGGUUUCAACAUGAAAACUUGAGUUAAGUGACAAGGCAGGCUGACUGAAAACAUCAGUCAUGAUGGGACUGACCUCUCUGACUCUACAUUCUUUUUCCUGAAACACUCCAGCAGUUUUUCUGAUUCACUUGUUUUUCUAAUGACCUCUCUGACACAGAGGAGCAUCGGUUUGCGUCUACAAUGAGCGCAUUGUCCAGGAUAGCCUACAUGUCAAGCCUCAGUUGCCAGCAGCGACCUUCCGGAGCACCCGCAACCCUAUUGUAGCUCAUUUAGCCGGGAUGCGCUGUCCUACCUACUGCUGCGCCCCUUCCAAUCAAUCUCAAAAUCAGCAAAGCAAACAUAUCAUUAAUGCAUUAUUUUAAAGCUAAUAUUAGCCAGCAAAUGACAUUUUGUCAAAAACAGGACUAUCAAUGCAGGCCAAGAUGACUAAUGCUGAAUUAUAAUUGUGUUGCCUUUAGUUAACAUUCCUAUUUAUCCAAUUUGAUUGAAAACGUGCUUUGGGGGACCCUGAGCCCCCCUUUUGCCGCCGCCCCUCCUCCUGGUCCCUCCCUUUCAUUAACACUGCAGGUCCAAUGCUGGUAGACAUGUGAGUGUCUGACUUUUAGAAGAAAAACGGAGAGGCUAAUGUCUUAUGUGGACAGAACCACGCACACAGACUGGCGUGCCGACUCCUGAAUGACAAGGAUCAGCGCCUUCAGAUCAGGGUGGCACCAACGACAUGGGGCUUGUGGUUUGGAUGUGCUGGCUGCUGGCUCUCCCACUGCUGCAGUCUGCCAAGAUCCUGACUGACUGCCUAAUUGGAGGAAGCCACUACUUGUUAUUUGACGAGAUUUCCCAUAACUUCCACCUGCACGGCCACGAAGUUCGCAUGCUCCUGCAGCUGGGCAACCCUGUCAUUACAGGUUUAUCCUACGCUGGUCGCAAUGGCAGCUACCGGACCAGCACCUGGUCCCUUGGAGAGGAUUACAUUAAGCAGUACAACGGCUGGUUCUUGGAACAACAAGCACAGUUUCUACUGGGCCGGGACAGCUUUUAUGGCUUUUUGAACUUCAUGGGCCACCUUUCCUAUCAGUGCGACAAGCUCUUAGGGGACGAUGAUCAAAUAACUUUCCUCCAGAAGGAGCACUAUGACGUCGCUAUCCUGGAUGCUUUUAACCCCUGCUCCUUCAUCGUAGCACACAAACUUGGUAUCCCCUACAUCGCCUUUUAUCCAGGUUCUUUGAAUGGCCCCCUGUCCAUUGCCAUCCCGGCCUCCAUUUCCUCAGUGCCAGCUUUCAGCUCGCAGUUGUCGGAUCGCAUGGACAUCUGGGAUCGUGCAAAGAAUUUCAUAUAUACGUUGCUGGGUGCUGUAGGUCAGAAAAUUGUCUGGUCCAUUUUCAAGGACAUAGCCGAGCGACACCUUGCUUCGGGCUCCCCGCCCGGUGGCCUGGACGAAUUCCACCAUAGGGCAGAACUCUGGGCAUUCAACACCGACUUUUCCCUCGAGUUCCCGCAGCCUCUCCUGCCUGCCACCGUGUUGAUGGGGGGGCUCCUCAAUAAACCUGCUGAGCCUCUAGAACGGGAUCUUGACUUGUGGAUCUCCAGUUUCGGAGAGUCAGGAUUCAUCAUCGUGACAUUGGGAUCAAUGGUCUCUUCUGUGUCUGUGGACCGGCUUCUGGUGGAAUUAGUGGAUGGCUUUUGCAUGAUCCCCCAGGGUGUGAUCUGGAGGUAUGACCGCGACCUUUGGCCACGUCACUUGAGCAAACCUUCCAAUCUCUUACUUGUGGACUGGCUGCCUCUCAAUGACUUGCUCGGACAUGACAAGGUGCGCCUCUUCAUCACCCACGGAGGACAGAACAGUCUUCUACAGGCGGUGUAUCACGCCGUUCCCGUGCUGGGCAUCCCCCUGUUUGGAGAUCAGUUUGACAACGUAGUGAGGGCUGAAGCAAAAGGCCUCGGCCUCGCCAUCAGCCCCACGCGGAUCACCGGCAAGCUGCUGAGCUCCACCAUCCAAACUGUCAUACGGAAUGUCAGUUUCAAGUCUGCAGCUUUGUCCAUCAGCCGUAUCCACAGAUCACACCCCGUGCCCCCCGCACUUCGACUUGUGCAGUGGGUGGAGCACAUCCUACACAGCGGAGGGGGAGCUCACCUGAGGCCUGCCUCACUGCAGCAGUCGUGGUAUCAGAGAUGCCUGCUGGACGUGCUUUGCCUCGUCGUGAUGGGUCUUGCCGGGUCCAUCCUUCUCUGCUGGAUUUUCUGCAAGAGCAAGACAAGCAAAGUUGACAGUAAGAAAACACAAUAGUAGCAUUCUUGGUCCACUGGGGAAACCUGUCGAUCCAGCUCAUAACUGAGUCAGCUGCCUUGUUCAAGGGAAUCGAACCUGAUGCCUUUUGAUCAUAGCUUGCAUUUUACCCAUUUCUUCACAUUUAGCAUGGUUGUGCAAACACAUUUUUUAAUAAAAUGAUUCAAAGUCUCAGUGGAACCUCAAA